AUGACAUUUUACGAUUCCCACCAUCAACAAAAAUAUUUACCGCUACGUCCUGAUGCUACUACAAAUGAAGAUGGCGACAAUUCUAUGACGGUGCCACGAAAACCCAUUAUGACGAAUAGUUUGCCACUUCUUAGUACAUCAGCAGCAACAUCUGGUUCAACUGCCACAUCGAACACAACGACAGUCGAGAAAAAACAUGCCAAUAGAUACAAAAUUGAUAUCAAUCUCGCCACGGAAAUUAAACGAUUAAAUGCCGAAAUAUGGAAUCUUGAAGUCAGCCGACAAGAGCAAAUGGAACAAAACCAGGCACUAAACCAAGCGCUAGCACGUUCGCACAUGGACCAGGCACGUAUGAUCCGGCAGCAAACACUCGUAAACCAAGAGUUGGAGCUUUUAAAAGCUGUUCAAGACUCAUGGUCCCGUGAAGAUAGCGACAACAGUGAGCAAAUGUCACAGCUCAAUGAAAUGGUUCAGCAGCGACGAAAGGAGGCAGCCGCUCUGUUAUCAACCUCCCCACAGCCUACGAUUGUUGAGACUAGUUUGAGCUCAUCAAACAAAGAUAAGGAGCAGGACAAGCGAUAUCAAAUUACUAAAAAGCUGGUCGACGAGCAUGUACGGAACAUCGGCGACGGUAUCGAGGACUACGAUGAUGAUGAUGCCAGCAGCUACACCUCUGACCCGACUGCAAGAAACAUCGACGAUAUCUCGACACGUUGUCAACAAAAGAAAGAGCAUGAAGAGAGAACUGCCAUUGACUGUGUGAUAACUCGCGAGCAGCAAAAGCAUCAAUUGGAUGACGAAGAUUACGGCGUAUGCAUCGUAAAAAAACAAUGUCAGCACCAGCAAGAUAGGCCACACACAUGGACAUUUACAGAGCUCCCUCCGGUGUCAAAUUUAGAUACGAUCGCCGAUGAAGAACGGAGGCAGCAACAUCAGCGAGUCGAAUAUAACGACAACGACAAUCAACACUGCGGCAAGAUAAUGCGCCGCAGUUUAUCAACCAGCGUGAGACUUCGUCGCACUUUAUCUGCUAUGUCUUCAUCAUCACUCCUCCGCGUCGACGAAAACCAGCUAUUAGUAACCGAUGGUAUCCGUCUCAAGCACAAAAAGGUUCUUGCAACAGGAGACUGGAUGUGGAAGUUCACACGCAAUAAGACCACGCGGGUAGGCUUCUCCACCGAGCGACGUCACCUUCGUUUUGUUUGGUUAGAGCCAGGUGCCAGAACUUUGUAUUGGAAGAACCGUGCCACAUCAGAAUCUCCUAAAAGCGCGCGUAUCAAGUCAUUUGUUGUCGAAAUCCCCAAGGAUGAAAAACAGAUACCUGUCUUGGUUUUUCGAGCUGAAGAUCGAGAAAUUAAAGUUCAAUGCAUGAGCCUGGAUACACAUUCUAAUUGGGUUCAGGCACUCGGAUAUACUAUUGGCAUGGGAUCGCUACGGCGCGUUAGCAGACGAUCGCGCCUUUUCGGCGGUGAAUCAGGAGCUUUGAGUCAACGAUCAUCUCGCUUCUUCCGCCGUGUACCUACCAUACGAUCAUUAAGAAGUAUAUCCUCAUUUUGUCGGAGAGAAAACGAUUAUAGGGAUAGUGGUGUCGCUUCCACGACGUCAUGGGGUGAUUUCGAUUACCAACAACAACAAAGGCAUCCGCAUGAGCAUCAAACACAACAAGGCGACUGCAACAAUCUCAGCUUGGAUCCCAUCGGCAGUGCAAGUGGGUUCAGCAGUGCUCUUAGCAGCAACUUUGAUCCAAAUAGCUUAGAGCAGCAACAAAGCUCUCAACUGCAUCGUAAAGUUUCAAAAAGAAUAUCACGAAGGCUUACUUUUGGAGCAUAUAAGCAACAUCAACCGUUUGCUAUUGAUGUACAAAACUCACAACCAUACGACUCAAAACUACAAUGCUAAAAUCUCUUGACAAACUCACAUUACUGCAACAACACAAGCUAUCAUAUCAAGUCCGUAUAUUUCUU